AUGGUUGAGCUUUCUAGGCUUUUGGAGUACCCUGCAUCAGCCCACAUGGCUAUCGAACUCCCUUUUAGCCCCUUACAUCUUUGCAUGAGUUCUGUCCACCUCCUACAUGAAAGUGAAAAAGUCAAGUCUGAUAUUGAGCUUGUUCAGCCAAGUACAGAAAUCAAAUCACCCGAGGUCAAGUCUGAUAUUCAACUUACUCAGCCAAGUUCAGAAAUCAAAUCACCCGAUGAGAGUGUUACACUGUCCUGCAAGACAUCAGAGUAUUGUGCUAGUUCAGUAACAGAUACCAUGUUUGUCUUGUGCUUUAUUUUGUGCCUCUCAUUUCUCUCUGAAGUCAAAUCUGAUAUUAAACUUGUUCAGCCAAGUACAGAAAUUAAAUCACCCGGUGAGAGUGUUAAACUGUCCUGCAAGACAUCAGGUUACACAUUCACCAGCUACUGGAUACACUGGAUACAACAGGUUCCUGGGAAAGGAUUGCAAUGGAUAGGACGUAUAGAUCCAUCAGAUGCAUAUACACGCUACUCACCCUCAUACCAAGGAAGGUGCCACAUUAGCACUGAUAAUCCACAAAGCACAGCAUUCCUGCAACUGAACAAUCUAAAAGUGGAGGACACUGCCAUUUAUUACUGUGCUAGAAGAGACACACUGAAAACAACCAACUGACUAGUCAUACAAAAUGAUUCUCUAUCAGUCAGCCAUGAAUCCAAGUUACCACUAGAGAGCAGCAUCAUGUCAUGUAUAGGUAGCGGAAAAGAGACUGACAAGUGUUGAAGUUAAAGAGA